GUAACCCGAGGCUCGUCGGCAGAGAGAAAGGAGUAGAACUGAUUUAGUUUGUGCCUCUGUGGACGCCGUAGAAACUUCUCUUGUCCGUAGGGGAACUUCUCAGUCGCUUUCGCGUAGGGAGACAGCGCCUGGCCUUCUCGGAUUCCGUAGCGGGGCUGAAGGGAGCGUGUGCGUUGCUGGCUGAAUUUAGUGACACGAAGUCAGUGGAAGGUACCGGGCCCUGCUCGGAGGCUCCAUCGUCGUCAUGAGUCGAAGCUACAAUGAUGAGCUGCAGUAUCUGGAAAAGCUCGACAAGAACUCUUGGCGCAUCAAAAAAGGCUUCGUGCCUAAUAUGAACGUGGAAGGUGUGUUCUACGUGAAUGAUCCUUUAGAGAAGUUAAUGUUUGAAGAGUUAAGGAAUUCAUGCCGAGGUGGAGGUGCUGGUGGCUUCCUGCCAGCCAUGAAGCAGAUUGGAAAUGUAGCUGCUCUGCCUGGCAUUGUUCAUAGAUCUAUAGGGCUUCCUGAUGUCCAUUCUGGCUAUGGGUUUGCCAUUGGAAACAUGGCUGCCUUUGAUAUGAAUGAUCCAGAAGCAGUUGUAUCACCAGGUGGUGUCGGGUUUGACAUUAACUGUGGUGUACGGCUGCUGCGUACCAAUCUCGAUGAGUGUGAUGUCCAGCCAGUGAAGGAGCAGCUUGCUCAGUCCAUGUUUGACCACAUUCCUGUUGGUGUGGGAUCCAAGGGUGUCAUCCCUAUGAAUGCCAAGGACUUGGAGGAGGCUCUGGAGAUGGGGGUAGACUGGUCCCUCCGAGAAGGCUAUGCCUGGGCUGAGGAUAAAGAGCACUGUGAAGAAUACGGAAGGAUGUUACAAGCUGAUCCCAAUAAAGUCUCUGCAAGGGCUAAGAAAAGGGGUUUGCCUCAGCUGGGGACCUUAGGAGCAGGAAACCAUUACGCUGAGAUACAGGUUGUGGAUGACAUUUAUAAUGAGUAUGCUGCCAGGAAGAUGGGCAUAGAUCACAAGGGGCAAGUGUGUGUGAUGAUCCACAGUGGCAGCAGAGGCCUUGGCCACCAAGUAGCUACAGAUGCCCUAGUUGCUAUGGAGAAAGCUAUGAAACGGGACAAGAUCAUAGUGAAUGACCGCCAGUUGGCAUGUGCCAGGAUUGCUUCCCAGGAGGGACAAGAUUACUUGAAGGGGAUGGCAGCAGCCGGAAACUAUGCAUGGGUCAACCGUUCUUCCAUGACUUUCCUAACUAGACAGGCUUUUGCCAAAGUUUUCAAUACCACCCCUGAUGAUCUGGAUAUGCACGUGAUUUAUGAUGUAUCUCACAACAUCGCCAAAGUUGAGCAGCAUGUGGUAGAUGGAAAAGAACGGACCCUGCUGGUGCACCGUAAAGGAUCGACAAGAGCUUUCCCUCCUCACCACCCCCUCAUUGCUGUUGAUUACCAAUUGACUGGCCAGCCAGUCUUGAUUGGUGGAACAAUGGGAACUUGUAGCUAUGUUCUUACUGGUACAGAGCAAGGCAUGACUGAAACGUUUGGAACCACCUGCCAUGGAGCGGGCCGUGCAUUGUCGCGUGCCAAAUCACGGCGCAACUUGGAUUUCCAGGAUGUAUUGGACAAGUUGGCAGACAUGGGGAUUGCAAUCCGGGUUGCAUCUCCGAAACUGGUUAUGGAAGAAGCACCUGAAUCUUAUAAGAACGUGACAGAUGUGGUUAACACCUGCCAUGCAGCUGGCAUCAGCAAGAAAGCCAUUAAACUGAGACCUAUUGCAGUAAUCAAAGGCUAGGGAAGCCUUUUCCCCAAACUGGCCAGCAUUGUCCUUGCUGAAGACCUUUCCUCACCCAGAGUGCUUAGAGAUUGUUCCCAUCUAGAAUAGAGACUGACACAGACUCUCUCUUAGAACUCUUGGAAAUAAUGUGUGUCUGGGGGAGGAGGAACUCUUUGUCAUGAGAAGGGGAUAAAUCAAGACAUGUUGCCCUUGUGAUUUUAUGGAGUGGUGUCUGAAACUGGUUGAGUUUCUUUUAGUGGCAUCUACAAACAGCCUUGCUCAGAAUGUUCUUCACUCUUAACAAAUCAUCUUCUCUCUUCAUGGUGAGAUUCUGAUCAGUGUUGAUUUGAUCACCACCAAUCUGCAAAGAGGCAGACCAAGUACAAAUGCUUUAGUUCUGGGUUAGUUGUUUUUGUAUUUUUUCUUACUUGAGUUGUUCAAUCUUCUCUCUAAUAUACCAUGAUUUGACUUUUGGCAGAUGCUCUACACAGUCUAAAGGGAAUCUUUUUGCACUAUGAGUUGCAGUAAAGAUUGACUAAUACCACUAAUCUUUGUGACAUUACAGCUAUCACUAGUGCUCUGCUGUAAAAGUCCAUGAUCAAAUAGCUGCUCCCAUUAGUGCAAUCUUCUGCACUAACAUAGGGUUGCUGUUGAGUGAAUGAUGACAAGUUCGCACAAGCUGUGUUAAUAUACUGGGCGCAGCAGGUUCUGUGUGCACUUCAAGCCUAGUGGUAUCCCUGAUUAAAGCUCAGUUGGAAUGUUUUGUUAUAGGGAAGCCAGUACUCCUUGAAGAGAAACCAACUUUCCAUUGAUAUUCCUAAUGAUCUGGGCAAUGCUAUAUGACUCUCUCCUGUACCUUUCAGAAAUUGCUUUGGUAUGGACAGGCCAUGUCUUCAUGCAAGAUACGAAGCCUAAUCUGAGCAACCUGUCUUCCACUGCAUCUGAUCACUCACAGUGUAAGAAAUGCUGCCUCUUGAAAGAGCAAGCUGGAGAACUUACCCACCAGUCUUGCUAUUUUUCAGACAUACCUGCUGUUAAAUAAAUUUGCUUUUGAUAGAUGCUCUAGCUUACCCUUUGAAAUAGCAAAGUAGAAUGUCAGUGAGCUGGUUCACACAUAGUGCUAACCUUACAGCAGCAGGACCAAAGGAGGAGCACGGCAGCUGCAGUCUCCUCUCUGGGAACCCUCACGUUCAUGUUUUCAUGCUAAAUCGUGGUUUGGGAUUUGUUCAUUCCACGCAUCUUCUGGAGUGGUGCCUGUAUAAUGGAAACUUUGGAAGCAGCACAAGAGACAAAAUGCAAUGGCAAAGGGAUACUAAAGCAGGCAUUCUUGAGCGGCUGUGGAGUAGUCUACAUACAAUGUAUUUCUUUUUGGGGACAGAUUUGGGUGAUUUCAGCAGGACCAGUUUACGUUUUGGAUCAGGUGCUGCUCAUUUCUGUUGACAUUAAUGUGCACCAGUACUUGAUCUGUUGAUAAACAGUUGUUAGAUUUUGAAAACACUGUUGCCAUUCUCAUGAAAUAACAGUGUGGUUGCUUUAUGCUACUGAAAUUCUGGAAGUGGCUUUGUAGAGAAGUCUCAAAAUAAAGAAUGCAAGAAAGUC